UUCAAUUCUCUUCCCUCUUCGCUGCUUCUCAAACGAUCACACUCUCACAUACUAUUACACAGACAAAUCACACAUCGAAACCUCUCUAUUCUCACGAUUCAGCUCACAAAAUGAAGAUUCCUUCAACUUUCUCUGUCAUCUUCUUCGCUUCGCUCUUGAUUUUAACCCUACAAGCAAAAACCCUCGACCCCUACAAGGUUCUUGGGGUUGAACGGAAUGCAAGUCAACGUGAAAUUCAAAAAGCUUUUCACAAGCUCUCUCUCCAAUAUCAUCCCGACAAGAACAAAAAUAAGGGUGCUCAAGAGAAGUUUGCUGAGAUUAAUAAUGCAUAUGAUAUUUUAUCUGAUGAAGAAAAGAGAAAAAAUUAUGAUCUAUAUGGGGAUGAGAAAGGUAAUCCUGGGUUUGAAGCUGGCAAUGCUGGUGACCAGGGUGGAUAUACAUACUUCACAAGUGGACCAGGACAAAAUGGGUUUAACUUCAGGCCAAAUGAAUGGCAAAAUAUGGGUGGUGGACAUGGAAGUUCAAAAUCAUUCUCAUUUUCUUUUGGUGGCUCUGGUGGCCAUAGCUCAUUUGGUUUCGGUUUAGAUGAUAUUUUUUCCAACUUCUUUGGGGGUGGUGGGGGUCAGUCUGAAAGUUUCAGUGGUUCGACCAGGUCUGAAUCCAAGUCUAGGAGUGCCCCUAAGAGCAUCCGUGCUGUAAAUGUCCAGACUUAUAAGAAAGAAAUAACUGAUAAAGGAAUGACUUGGCUUCUGUUAUCUUGUACUUCAUCGAAGGGGGCUCAGUCUUAUGAAUCUGUUAUACAGGAGGUAGCUAACUCAUUGGAAGGAGCAUUAAAGGUUGGAAGCAUAAAUUGUGAAACCGAGUCGUCUUUUUGUAAGGAUCUGGGUGUAUAUCCUCGCAGAACACCGAGGGUGUUUGUUUAUUCAUACAGAGUAAGUGUCAGUGGUUCCUUGGUAGAGUAUAAUGGUGAUCUGGCGGUGAAAAGUUUGAAAACAUUUUGCCAAGAACAUCUCCCAAGGUUUUCAAAACGUGUUGACUUGAAUCAUUUUGAGUUCUCUUCUGGGACUGGAGAGACAUUACCUAAAGUGUUGCUUCUCUCAACAAAGAAAGAUACCCCUGUUAUUUGGCGUGUUCUUAGUGGCUUGUAUCGCAAACGUUUUGUUUUCUAUGACGCAGAGGUUCGUGAUGUUUCAGAUCCAGCAGUGAGAAAGUUGGGAGUUGAUGCACUUCCAGCUGUUGUUGGUUGGCUUUCUAAUGGGGAGAAGCAUACUUUGAAAACACGAAUUUCUGUGAAAGAUAUAAAAUCAGCAGUUGAAGAUCUUAGUGCUUUACUUGAUGGUUUUGAGAAAAGAAAUAAGAAGGUAGCUUCAAGUCAGGCUAAAAAGCCACACAGUGAAACAGGGGAUAAACAGAUACCUCUACUUACUCCAUUUAAUUUUGAUGCUCUUUGUGGAGAUACCACUCCCGUUUGCAUUAUUGGUGCUUUCAGGUCAUCCAAAGCUAGAGGCAAACUGGAAACCAUUCUAUCUUCG